AUGUCAAAACUUCUAUUGCUUGACUUUCCACCAGAGAUCAUAUCACUAGUUUUUAAACUGCUUCCUAAUCAUUUAUUAAAUGUGUUGCAAAGUAUUUCCCAAUUACGACCUUAUGCUUUACAAGAAUUAUAUAAAUCAGUGAAUGUUCACAACAGUUUAAAAAGGGCUCCCCUUGAAAUAUCUGUUCUGGAAUCAUUUGAAUUAGAUCACGAAGUAUUUCGUUGUCCGAUUUCGGCAACCCUAGACAAGUUGAUUGAUAUAAUCAAUGAGGACCUUGUAUGGUACAUUAAACAAAUAAGUUUCGACGAUCCGAGAGACUUACGGGCUAUUCAUAAUUUGUAUCCAGGAGUAUUAUCAAAUGCUAAAAUUACAAUUUCUUUUGAAUCUAUUGAUAUGUAUACAAGGGGACAUGCUUUCACUGGGUUUUACCAAGAGAUUAUGAAUCUUCCUUAUGAUAUCAUGGCCAUUGAAUCAUUCAGAUAUUUUAAUCCUUUGGUUUAUGGAGAUAACUCUGGUUGGUUUAAUAGAUUAAAGUCGAUAGUUAUCAAUGAAUCUGCCGAUGUCAUGAAGGCCAUUACACAAUCUAAAUUCAAGAGUUUAACGACACUUAAAUUCAACCAACCAAUUGAUAUUAGAUUUAUUAAUUGUCUUCCUCAGAACAUUCAAUAUCUCACUUGUGUGGUUUGUCGUUCUGAAGGUCAUAUUCCGGAUAAAUUGACAUUUCCUAAACUGUUGAUUUCUUUGCAAAUUCGUUAUGUGGUUGUAUCAGGUAUUGAUGAAGAAUAUAUGGUUGAUUUGACACAUUUGGAAAAUCUCCAGCUGUUGAAAUGUGAUUCAGCUAAAUAUUUCAUUUUACCAAGAAAUUUAAGAUCCCUAAAAACAUUUUUACCAUUGAACAUAGAAAAGGUAAUUGAACAAUGUCCAAUGUUGGAAGUUUUGAAUUGUCUGGAACUUGAUGUUCCACGAAACCUUUGUGAAUUACCAUCUGGAUUGAAAGAAUUGAAGUUUAAUAGCAGAGGUCUUGACUAUUUGGCCAAACUGAAUUUAUUACAUGAUGGAUUGGCGACUAAAAAGCAAAAAAUCAAUGAACAUGCUAAAGCGGUGAAAUUUCCAAAAAGAUUGAAAAAAUUGAUAGUUGAAGGAAAUCUGCAUUACUAUGAAACUUUGAAUUACCAGAUAUUUUCAAAUUCGUUGGAAGAUUGUUUGAUGUACUUGACAGAAUUAGAAAUCAGAUGGUAUUUUAAUUGCAAAUCAUUGGGGCCAUUGCCAAGACUGUUAAAAAAAUUGUCCAUUGUCAAUUGCAAAGGAGUAAAUUUUCAUGAUUUAGAGAAUUUGUCAAAUCUUCAUUAUUUAUCAAUUCAGGGAACACAUCAUGAUCAUUUUGAAUUUAUACUAUCUCCAACAUUGUAUCAAAUGGAAUUGAAAGAUAACAAAUUCAAAUCCUUUAAAGUAACAGCGGAAAGCCUCCAUUGCUUAAUAUUGAAAGGAAAUAGUUUCAGAGAAUUUGAUAACACGGUUAUUCAAAUUCCAGAAAGUACCAAAGAAUUAGAUUUGUCGUAUAAUGAGAUUGAAUUAAUUGAUUCUUCUUUUAUUUUCCCAAGACAGUUGACAAAAUUUUCAUUACUGAACAACAAAUUGGAAGUCAUACCAGAAUUACCACCUAUGUUGGAACGCUUUUCUUGUGCAAUGAAUCAUAUUGGUAGAAGGGAACAAAUAUUUGAUUUUCCAACAUGUUUACAACUGUUGGAUUUGCACUGUAAUGAGUUGAAUGGCAACACUCCAUUUUCGGGGUUGAAUCUAUUAAAAUGCCAUUAUCUUAGGAAGUUAGAUUUAUCAAAUGCUAAUAUCCGAGGAGGAUAUCAUUUGGAUCAAUUACCAACUGUUGUUGAGCUUUAUUCUUUUCCUAAAUCAUUGACUUCACUUUCUAUUAGGGGAUGCAAUGCAACAUCAAUUGUUGGAACUCUUCCAUAUUUUCCACAACUUGAAGAAGUUGAUUUACGAGACAACGAAGCAGUGGUUGAAAUGUUUGGAGAAGCGGUUACUGAGGAGUAUUGGUUGCCAGACUGUUGUUUUCCUGACACGAUAAAACGGAUAUGGAUUACAAAGAAUCAUUUUGACUCACGUGAAUUCGAAAAUUUAGAAAAACUGCUACAACUAAUUCCUUGCUUUGAGUCAUUAGUAGCUACUGAUCAAAAUAUCAACUUUGGAAAUCUGGCCCAGAAAUUGUUGAAUCUCUCCAAGGAUUCAGAAAUAAACAUGAGAGGUAUAGAAUAUUGGCGGACGGUUACCGUAACUCACAGAAAUUGCAUAUAA